AUGUCUUCUCUUCCCAGAAUCCUUCCGUACGAUGUCAUUGCAGAUAUCGUUGACAUCAUUGCGUGCCCUACGACACCAAGCUCUAUUUGUAACCUAAAGUUGAUUUCAUUGGUCAACACCAUGUUUCUUCAUCACUGUCGCAAAUAUCUUUUCGGCUCAAUUUCUCUUGAUCUGGGGGUUUGGGAUACUAAGCACCUAGAUUGCUUUGUAGUGCUUAUCAACAACCAUCCUCAUAUCGCCAAUUACGUGCGGGAGUUAUGCUUUACAACUAUAAAUAAGAAGUAUGAAAUUUCCCCGGAGCAACGAUCUGCAUUCAUGAAACUCUCGAACCUCAAAACUCUCACCCUUUGCUCUAAAGAGUUAACUGCAUUUGAUCGCCUGAAAUGGAGGGUUAAUUGGAGAUUGUUGGAAUCGUCCACUCGAUCUAUGUUCGUUGACCUCAUCCAGUCACCAACACUCGCAAAUCUGGUUUUAAACAACGUCACCAAUUUUAACGUGUUCCAUCUGCUUCCGCGCACUGCUUUAGAAACUCUUUCCUUGGUUUACUUUGGCUGCCCGGAUCUCGAGGGCAAUCCACAGAUGUUGGAUUUGUAUGGGCAUGUACGGGUAAAGGAGAUCAAUGUCGAUUGCGACAGUCUCCACGACGCUGAUGGCAUGCUCAAGACCACCAUAUCACGCCCUUCGAUGAUACUCGACUUUGAAUAUUUGAAAACACUAAAGUUCAGAUUUACUGAGAAGCGCUCAGCAAUUGCAUUGGAGAUGUUUCGACAUGCCAAGAACUUGAACUCCGUCUGUUUGUAUCUUGAAAAGCCCGACGAUAUACAUUUUAUAUCGAAAUGUGUUAUGCCUUCCAUUGAAACCUUAACAUCUCUGAAGAUUGUUCUCCAGGAUGAGGGAGAAGACCAAACGUGGAUACCUCUCCGCGAACAGCUUGACCUUUUGUCCAAAGUUAAAAACGGGCACAACAUAAAAGACCUCGAGCUCGUUGUAGUUUGCAAGUACAACGUUCCUGAGAGCGACUGGCAUCUAUUAGAACGCAUUCUUCUUAAAUCCGGCUGGACAUCAACGCUGCGACGCUUCACACUCAGGAUUCAUGUGAAAAUUGAUCCCAAAAUCAGUUUUGUCGUGCCCUGCGAUACAUUGCGAAAGCUGUUUCUGCCAAAGUUGGCUGCACUUGAAUCGGCAGAAGCUUUUAAAACGAUCUUCGACCUUACCUGUGACUAA